AUUCAUCUUCUUCUACUAAAGGUGCACUGCAGCGGUGAUUAAUUAUUGAUAGAGGUAGCAUCUGUAAUUUAUCAUAAUUUAUGCUAAUUUCUUGGAAAGUUUACUCUGAAGUUUAAUAAAUACCCGUACAUCGCAAUUAAGGCGUUUAAAGGCAAGUGGAAAUACGAAAAGUUAAACUUAAGGAUGUCGAUGAGGAGUUGUUCUGCCUUGUUUGUUGUUGUCUGUGUAGGAGUGUUUAGAUCGUCUUUUGCUUUGUUGAAACCAAUUCCGUUUCCGGCGACUCUACAAGAAUGCUACGAAUUCCGGUCUUACAACAUGACACCGUCCGCUGAAGUGGCUUUAGAAAUACAAAACUUUUGUUACCGGAAUUACAAGUACAAACAAAUAGCUGACGGGAAAAUUUGGUCCGGUCCAAAUAUCACAAAAGAGGGGCUGAACUACAUAGACAGUUUAUUUCGACGACUCUUUAUCGAAGCCAGACAAGUCCAAACAUUCAAAUUGAAGUCUAAACGUCAAAAACGACAAGCAAGAUUUCCAGGAAGAUACAGACAGGAAGUGCGAAGUCCAGGUGCAUUCCGGCGUUUUGCUGACUGUCUUGGGAGAUUGAAUAAUGAUCGAAAUCGUGUUGAGGGGUCUACUGUUGGCCGUAAUAGAUAUCAGACACUGGCCGCCUACCACACUGGUGUGGUAUUGAGAUACGCUCACGGCGGACCUGCUUUUCUGCCGUGGCAUAGAAUUUACCUGUUACUCUUGGAAACAGCUUGUGGCGCCCCGAUUCCAUACUGGGAUUCCACUUUAGAUCACGACAUGGUGGACCCUACAAUGUCUAUCCUUUGGAGUGAACAGUAUUACGGUAAUGGUGAUGGAGAAGUGUUGAACGGGCCUUUCCAGAAUUUCCGGGUUGUACCUUCACGUCCUCUUACACGAGACAUAGGAACAGGUAAUGGUGCCUUGUUUACCAAAGAAGGGUUAGAAUUGGUUUUAAGUCGAAGAAGAUUUGGAGAGAUCUCGGAACCAAAACGUGGACAAGAUUACAUAUACAGCUUGGAGGGUCAUCAUAAUGGUGCACAUACCUGGGUAGGAGGUCACCUGUCUCUGGAUAGUACAGCAGCUUUUGAUCCCGUGUUUUUCAUGCACCAUGCUUACAUUGACGCUGUUUGGGCAGUUUUCAGAGAACAACAGAUACAAAAUGGCAUUAACCCGGAGCGAGAUUAUCCCCGACAAACACCUCCUGGACAUGAUGCAUAUGACUUUGUGGACUUCAGACCAUAUCUAAGAGUUGUUAGAAACAUUGAUGGUAUGUCUAACUAUUUUGCAGAUCUCGUGAGAUACGAGCCGUUCCCAACUUGUGAAAACAAUUGCAAUCGUAGCCCCCAUAUCUAUUGUAGUCGACGACGUGCUCGCUGUAUAUCAGAAGAGCGUCCACGGACAAGAGCAAUGGGUACAAGAGCAUUUGGAGCAAGAGCAAUGAGAGAAAGAGUAUCGCCCGGCAUGGAAGAAAACUCAUUUGCGGGUGCAGAGGCCCUAGCUGUUCCAUCAGAUGCACGGAUGCGAGCUGUAUCUAAAGGUCCAAUUCAGGGAGGUUCCAAGUUCCGCGCAUCGCCAUUCAGAGACACUCGCAACCGGAAUGAAACCAUUGGCAACGCUCCAGUCGCAUCCGCCUUGUCAGCUUUCAGUGCCCGUGUGAGAGAGGCAAGAGUUCGACGUGACACCUCUGUACAGCUUAAAAACGUCACCAAUACACACACUAUCACUCAUAAGCAGUCCAUCUCUUCCCUUGAACGAUCUUUUACAAAUACAUUUAUCCUUGAUGGAGAAGUCGAUCUGAAACGGUGGGUCUAUGCACCUGUUCGCAUUGUGUACAAACGAUCAUUCGAUAUUCAAGGACAUGAUCCAACCUCACACACACAUAAACACCUAGAUUCCGCUUGUCAUGCAGUUCAGUCUGGUGCAACUAAAGUGUUUGUUGGUUCCGAUGGUUUGGAUUAUUCAGGAACUUACAAGGAAUAUGGCAUAGUCGACGAACGACAACCUGUUUCCGUCAUAACAACAGCUAUUGGGGUUAAGAACCCGGAUUAUGGUGAAGGAAGAGUUUUGCUCACUUCGUAUGAUUCCUGUGGGAGAGCAUGUCGACCUCUGUGUCUGACAUCCGUUGAUGGAAGACAAACUUAUAAGCAGUGUUCUGGGACAUUCAAAAUAUCUUCAGCUCUACCGAAGAUGUAUAGCGAAACCUACCGAGAUGCUGUGGCCUUAAGUGAUUGGGAGACCCGAAAUGUUUUGGAACUUGAAUCUUUCGAUGUGACUCCUAUUGUAACAUUUAUAUGUGAUAACGUAAACUCAUGGCCAUGGGAUUAUCAAAAUCUAUAAUAAUGAUAAUAAUAAUAAUAAACGAUAUAUUGCAAUAAAACAACGAAAGUCUA